UUCCGACCAUGACCGCGGGGAGGCUGGCGGCGCUGUUUCCGGAAGUGAUGCAGCGACCCUUCAAACGGCCGCUCGAGCGCAGAGACGCGGUGAAAUGGCCGACGGUGUGGAUCACAUCGACAUCUACGCGGAUGUCGGCGAGGAGUUUAAUCAGGAAACGGAAUACCCUGGACAUGAACAGAUAGAUUUAUAUGAUGAUGUCAUUUCACCAUCUGCCAAUAAUGGAGAUGCACCAGAGGAUCGUGAUUACAUGGAUAGCAUACCACAGUCUGUUUCAGAGGAUGGUGGCAAAACUCCUAACUCAUUGGGUCCAAAUAUUGUUUAUACUUACACAGGCAAGAGAAUAGCUUUGUACAUUGGAAAUCUGACUUGGUGGACCACAGAUGAGGAUUUGACUGAAGCUCUGCAUUCAAUGGGCAUUACUGAUAUUUUGGAGAUAAAAUUUUUUGAAAAUCGAGCUAAUGGACAGUCUAAAGGGUUUGCACUUAUUUGUGUGGGAUCUGAAAGUUCAUCCAAAAAACUGAUGGAUAUGCUUCCUAAACGAGAUAUGCACGGACAGAAUCCUAUUGUUACACCCUGUAAUAAGCAGUCCCUGAGUCAAUUUGAAAUGCAGUCUCGGAAAUCCACUCAGUCUGGUCAGAUGUCUGGUGAAGGCAAGGCUGGGCCUCCAGGAGCCAACAGUCGAUUAGCAUUUUCCCAAAGUGGAAGGGGGCGGGGUCGCUUCCCACCAUCUGGCCCCGGUGGGGACAGAUUCCCAGGACCUUCUGGACCAGGAGGGCCACCUCCUUUUCCUGGUGAAUAUCAAAGACAAGGUCCACCACGGCCACCUCCAGGUCCUCCUGGUCCACCAGGCCCCCCAGGUCCGCCUCCACCUGGGCAAGGUCUUCCUCCUCCAAUGGGUGGUCCACCAAAUCGUGGUGAUCGUCCUCCACCGCCGGUUCUGUUUCCAGGACAGCCAUUUGGGCAACCACCAAUGGGACCACUCCCACCUGGUCCUCCCCCACCUGUUCCAGGCUAUGGUCCUCCUCCUGGUCCUCCCCCUCCUCAGCAAGGACCACCACCACCACCUGGCCCUUUUCCCCCACGUCCACCAGGUCCACUUGGCCCUCCUAUUAAUAUUGGUCCACCCCCACACCUUCCUGGGCCCCCUCCAGGUGCACCACCUCCAGCCCCUCAUGUAAAUCCUGCUUUCUUUCCACCACCAGCAAAUAAUGUAAUUCCUUCAUCUGACAGUCGUGGACCUCCUCCAUCAGAUCCAUAUGGACGUCCGCCACCAUAUGACCGAGGAGACUAUGGACCCGCUGGCAGAGACAUGGAUUCUUCUAGGGCUCCACUCAGUGAUGCAGAAUUUGAGGAAAUCAUGAACAGAAACAGAGCAAUUUCCAGCAGUGCAAUAUCAAGGGCCGUCUCAGAUGCUAGUGCUGGUGACUAUGGAAGUGCUAUUGAAACUCUGGUUACUGCUAUCUCUUUGAUAAAGCAGUCUAAAGUAUCUGCUGAUGACAGAUGCAAAGUUCUCAUAAGUUCACUACAAGAUUGUCUUCAUGGAAUAGAGUCAAAAUCCUAUGGCUCUGGGUCUAGAAAACGUUCUCGAGAGAGGGAUCACAGCAGAUCAAGAGAGAAAAGCCGACGCCACAAAGAACGCUCACGGAGUCGUGAUCGGCAUGACGACUAUUAUCGUGAACGAAGUAGGGAACGAGAAAGGCAUCGUGACCGUGAACGGGAUAGAGACAGAGAGCGGGACAGAGAUCGGGAGUAUCGUCAUCGUUAAAAAGCUGUCUGAAGAGAAACGUCUCCAGAUUAAAGAAACAACAAAGCUCUUCACAGAAAAGACUGCCCUUUAUCCAUCUGUUGGAAUUUCAUGGUUGAACAGGAAUUCUCAGGCUACGUGGUUAAAUGGAGCAACAGUAACGAAUAAAGCAAAUCCACUGUAAUGGUAACUGAUUGCUCGAUAUUUUCUUUUAUGUUGCUUGAUUAACCAUUUUAUUUGGACACAACCUGUGUGACUUAAAAGUUACUAAAAGCUUUGGCAAUUCUUCGUAUUCUAAGCGUUAGACGUACAUGACGUGUAAACAAUUAAAAGUCGUUAGCUUUACUGUUUUUAUAGUUCUUUCAUCUUGUUUCCAAAAUUGUUACAAAAAUGUUAAGUGUUCAAAUAAUGACUGUAAGCAGCUCAGUUUCAGUUCAUCAAAGUAGAUGUACUAUUAGUGUUGUAAUAAACUGUUAAAUGGAGCCUAUGGUUGUGUAAAUUAUGCAAGUUCUCAUUGUUUCUUGAUGUUGAAUCAUUUUGGCUGUAUGUUGUGAUAUAUUGACUUGAUAAAUUCCAACAUGUAUAAUUUUCCCAUACAUCUGGACCUUUAAUUAAUCUCCCAUUAUAGUUUUAAUAUAGAAACAUCUUAAUGUUCAUAAAAUCCAGAUGUGGUUAAUUUGGGAUAUUUUUAACAGGCGUUCACUUCAUGUUGGACAUAAAAUUCUCAGCAAUAUAAAUAUGUGACAAACACUACUUUUUGAAGAAGAAUUUUUUUUGUUUUGUAUACCAAAACAUAGUAUUUUGAACUUGAAAUUUUAAUUUUAGUGAAAGGACUUGUCCUGUAUUAUGUUUUUAUAUGCCUCUGUUACCUCGUUUGAGGAGAGGAAUGGUUGUAUUUUAAUGCAGACUUAUUUAUUUGGGACUACCAAAUACUAAGAUUUUUACCUAAUUGAACACAGUAGUAGACAAUCUGAAUACAGUUAGUAUAUAGACCAGAUUCUUUUUUUCUUGUAAUUGAAAUUGAAAUCGCUGUACUUGUUUUCAUUUUGUCUUAAGUUUGAAUUUAAAAACCACCAAAAUCUCUACACACUGCAUUUUACAUUUUUCUGUGAAUGGGUUUCUCACUUUCAGUAGAAGAUGCAGUAAAUGUUUGGUAUUUUUCUGUAGAACUAGUUUUCUGAAAAUUAGCUGAAAAGGUAUCCAAAUGCAUUUACUUGGUUUAAGGGCAGUAUGUGUAGAUUAACUUUUGAUGGUUUUAAUGUUCCUGUACAUAUUCAGAACAAAGUGAGGAUAACAGCUUUGUCUGUAUAUUAGCACUAUUUUUGCACUGAAAAUUCAUAAAUGUCAAAUGUGUGAAAGGCAAGUAUUUGGCGAAAUACAAAAAUGUUUGAGCUGUUUUGAAGAAAGAUUUGGGGCUGAGGUGUGAUCAGUCAAAGUACUUGUCAGUUGAAAGAUGGUACAUCAAGAGUUUCGAAAGUGAUGCAAUAAAAACACAAUUUAAUGGGUGACAACUAGUUCCAACAGUUAAUGGUAUUAGACUUUCCACUUGAGGCCCCUUUUAAGUUAUGGUAUUCAAUGAAAUUUGGGACGGCUCAAUUUUUUUGAGAAUUUCUUCAUUUCCCCGAGGGAAUAAUUCUUAGAUUGUGUUCUUAGAUUUCAGUUCAAAAUGAAAUAUGAACUUGGAUGUAUUCUCUGCCUUCCUUGGGCCAAUAAUAGACAGUAUUGAUAACUUCUGUGGAAGAGCUUGUUCCCCUUGCUCAGCUCCAACAGAUAAAUUUACAAGGCAGAAGUAGGACCUUUAAAUUUGUUUCUUCACUGUCUGACAGUGUUUGGAAGAUAUGUAGCUGAAGAUUUAUUCUCACUUUAACCCUAACUUUUCAGCAUUCAAUCUUUUAAAAUUCUUCCCUGUAGUAAAGAGUUUUGUAAGUUAAGUACAGUUCCACAAAUAAGGUUUCCUUUCCCAAUGCAACACCCUAGGGUGUGUUCCUUUUCUGGUUAAGGUGACUUCAUUUUGGGUAGGAUGGGUGGUAAAGCAUGGUAUUUAAUGGCGGUGCUGCAAGAGGUGUGAUGAAAUGGAAGUAGGAGUUGACAUUCAUUAUUUAACAAGUGUUCAUUGUCUUGUAUAAUUACACUGUGCAAAUUUUUAAUAUAGAAGUCAGUGUCUACCAUAUUUUGUAUUCAAAGAAAGAUGGUAACUUUUGUUUAAUUGCGAUGCAUUUGAUCUGAACUAGAAUUCAACAAAAGUAUGUUAAUAGUUGCAAAAGUAGAUCAUGUGCAUCAUGAAAUAGCUUUAUUAAGAAACGUGAUAUGUUUUUUUUGGUGGGAUGUUGUAAAAAGUUUUUUUUGAGAGGAAGAAGUAAGGGAGCUAUAUGAAUGUUAACCUUUCUAACACAACAAGCUGUUACCAGGAAACCAGGCUGCAAAAAUAAGAUUUUCAACUCUACAGGUAUGACAUUUACAAUUAAUAUUUGUGAUUUACCAAAAAUUAUCCUUAAAGCACGUGUCAAAAAGUAAGGCUCAGGUAAGUAAAAUAAUUUUCUAAAAAAAAUUAAAUAUGGAUAUUUUACUUAUCUGCUUCUAAUCAUUGACAAAGCACUUCUGUUAAAUUUUUAAUGCAGUUUUAUAAUAAAGGGCUUUUUAUAUAAAAUUGUGUUUUUAUUUAAAUGGUGUUUGAAUAAUUUACAAAUAUGUUCAAAUGUUGACAUCUAAUUUUAAAUGAAUAUUUCUUUGCAAUGUUUUGCACCAUAUAAACGCAAUAGUUUUUAUUUAGAGUUAUCAGAAGUAUAUUUCUGGUGUCUAAUCUAAAUCUGAAAUAUUUCUCUUACAUAAUUGGGCUUUCACCAAGAUAAUACUCACUGGGAGUUUGGUUUUCUCAGUGUCAUAUCAGAGUAAAUUACAUGCAUUUGAACUCGAUGAACUGAGUGCAUUAAUAGUUCACCUUUCCUGAAUAUAGGCAAAACCUAAGUAGUUUAGCAGUGAAAUUUUCUAGAGCUGUUCUUUUAAUGAUGGGGCUACAAUAGUACAAUUCUGAAUAGGAAGCACUAUGGCUAAUGUAGGUAUCAUUAAUUCCUCAGAUAUCCUUCUAUUAUGAACUUGUGAACUUUGAGUUUGUUGAUUACCUGACCUUGAAGAAUAGCAAAACAAAGGUUCUGCAGACUUCAGCUUGUCCUGGGGGCUUUUUUUUGAGUUGGAUGUGUUGGUGGCUGCUACUUUUGGCAAAUUAAUGGAUAACUCAAGUUUUACUAAAAGAAAAAUACAAUAAAGAAAAACUAUCAAGUAGUACUUUGUUGCUUCAGUCAAACUAUACCUUUUAACCAUAAUGAAUUGUUAGGUUAAAUAUAAUCAGUGUCAAUGAGAAAAAUAGCUGAAUGAACCUCCUGUUAUCUUUUGGGUAUAGAUUUUUGGUGAUACAUUGAAGAAUUCUGCCUAUUCUCAUUCCAGAGAAGAGAAAUCCACUAUAAUUUGUCAUUUUAACAAGUUUUAGAAUCUGGCAUUUUCUGCUUUAAUGCCCUUUUUUUGGGGUGGGGGAGUAACCCUAUUUAAAAUUCCUUGAAUAUAGGCAGUUUUAAUUUCAUACAUCAUUAAAUCUUGCAACCCAAUAUUAUGCAGUUGUCAUACAAGGCAUUUUGUAUGUGUUUAACAGAGCUUAGCCUUGACCAUUAUUUUAAUAGAUCAGCUUUGAAGUUCAGCAAGGGCGUUUUUUUUUACUGUUUAUUCAUUUCAAUAGAAAUGCCUGCAGUGACAACACAAAAUGCUGGAGAGACUUGGGUCAGGCAGCAUUUAUUGAAAUGAAUAAACAGUCAACCCUUCAUCAGGUUUGGCAGUCAUUUGCUUUUGGAGUAAAAAUUGCUACUACAGAUACAUCUUCCAAAUUCCAGAUACAUCUGAACUAAUUAUGAACACUUUAAAAUGUGUUUAUAAUUGUAAUACAUCACUACAGCAACAAAUCUAAAGGUAACUCAACCAAUAUUAAUUCAUGCCCAAAUUCAGAAAAUUAUGUGGAAUGUGUAACAUUUAUUUGGUAAUUGCAAACUUGUCAGGAUAUUUGUUGAAGUGAGGCAUGAUGUAAUUUUUCACAAAUAGUGAUGUCAUGAUUAGCCAUCAUGGCUAAUUAUUAAUUAGUAUAUGGAUGGCCGCAAAUUUACUUAACUAGUAAGAGCUCUAGAAGAUUAUAAGGUGGCUAGGAAGGAGCUUAAGAAUGGAAAUAGGAGAGAUGGGGUGCCAUGAGAAGGCCUUGAUGAGCAGGAUUAAGGAAAACCCCCAAGGCACUUUACAAGUAUGUGAAGAGCAAGAGGAUGAACUGUGUGAAAAUAGGACCAAUCAGGUGUGAUAGUGGAAACCUGUGCAUGGAGUUGGAAGUGGUGGAGGUACUUAAUGAAUACUGAAGUAUUCACCAGGGGAAAAGACCUUGGCAAUUGUGGGGAUGACCUGCAGUGGACUGAAACGCUUGGGUAUAAAGACAUUAAGAAAGAGGAUAUGCUGGAGCUUUUGAAAAGCAGUAAGUUAGAUAAUUCUCUAGGAACGAAACCCUGGGCUAUUGUGGAAAGCGAGAGAGGAGAUUGCUGAGCCUGUUGGGUUAGUAAGUUUGCUGAUGACAAAGGUUGGGGUGUUGUGGAUUGUCUGGAGGGUUGUUAGAGGUUAUAGCAAGACAUUGAUAGGAUGCAGAACUGGACUGAGAUGUGGCAGAUGGUCUUCAACCCAGAUAAAUGUGAAGUGGUUCAUAUUGGUAGCUCAAAUUUGAAGACAAUAUAAAAUGGAUGGUAGGACUCUUGGCAGUGUGGAGGAUUUGAGGGAUCUUGUGGUCUGUGUCCAUGGGACACUGCAGGUUGACCAUGUUAUUAAGAAGGCAUAUGGUGCGUUGGCAUUCAUCAACCAUGGGAUUGAGUUCAAGAGCUGCGAGGUAAUGUUACAGCCAUAUAAGACCUUUGUCAGAGCCCACUUGGAGAACUGUGUUCAGUUCUGGUCACCCCACUACAAGAAGGGUGUGGAUACUAUAGAGAGAGUGCUGAAGAAAUUUACAAGGAUGUUACCUGGAUUGGGGAGCAUGCCUUAUGAGAAUAGGUUGAGUGAACUCAGCCCUUUCUCCUUGGAGCAACGGAGGAUGAGGGUGACAUGAUAGAGGAACAUUGAUUGUGUGGAUAGCCGGAGGCUUUUUCCCAGGGUUGAAAUGGCUAACACAAGGGGGCAUAGUUCUAAGGUGCUUGGAACUAGGUACAGAGAUGUCAGGGGUAAGUGUUCUUUUUACACAGACAGUGGUGAGUGAAUGGAAUGGGCUGCCGGUGACAGUGGUGGAUAAUAGGGUCUUUUAAGAACUUCUUAGAUAGGUACAUGGAGCUUAGAAAAAUAGAGGGCUAUGCUGUAGGGAAAUUCUAGGUGGUUUCCAGAACAGGUUAUGUGGUCAGCAUAACGUGCUGUAGACUUCUAUGUUCUAUGAGACACCUGUCAGAAUUAAGAUUGUGUAUUUGCCUCUGCCUUGAAUAACCUCUCCAGGAUCUUUCAAUCCAUUUGAUAAGUGUUUUUUCAAUUGGUUGAAAGUGUACCACCUUGCGUAAAACCUUUAGAAUUCAUGGCCCAAUGGAUGUUUGUCAAUGCACUUACCAGCAUGAAUCAUGAGAAGGAUAUAUUACGGAAAGUGUGUCUUAAGAAAUCAUUCUGAACCAAUAACAUUGGGUGCAUCACUAUCAUAAAGUUGCAGACAAUUCUGAUUUUAUCCAUACUUGGUGAAAGUGCUCUCUACAUUAGAAUUAUGCCAAAUUUAACUUAUAAACAAUAGGUGCAGAAGUAGACCAUUCGGCCCUUUGAGCCUGCACUGCCAUUCUGAGAUCAUGGCUGAUCAUCUACUAUCAAUACCUGGUACCUGCCUUGUCCCCAUAUCCCUUGAUUCCCCUAUCCAUAAGAUACCUAUCUAGCUCCUUCUUGAAAGCAUCCAGAGAAUUGGCCUCCACUGCUUUCCGAGGCAGUGCAUUCCAGACCCCCACAACUCUCUGGGAGAAGAAGUUUUUCCUUAACUCUGUCCUAAAUGACCUACCCCUUAUUCUCAAACCAUGUCCUCUGAUACUGGACUCUCCCACUAUCUGGAACAUAUUUCCUGCCUCUAUCUUGUCCAAUCCCUUAAUAAUCUUAUAUGUUGCAAUCAGAUCCCCUCUCAAUCUCCAUAAUUCCGGCGUGUACAAGCCCAGUCUCUCUAACCUCUCUGCGUAAGACAGUCCGGACAUCCCAGGAAUUAGCCUUGUGAAUCUACGCUGCACUUCCUCUACAGCCUGGAUGUCCUUUCUUAACCCUGGAGACCAAAACUGUGCACAAUACUUAAGGUGUGGUCUCACCAGGGCCCUGUACAAAUGCAAAAGGAUUUCUUUGCUCUUGUACUCAAUUCCCUUUGUAAUGAAGGCCAACAUUCCAUUAGCCUUCUUCACUACUUGCUGUACUUGCUCAUUCACCUUCAUUGACUGAUGAAGAAGGACUCCUAGAUCUCUUUGUAUUUCUCCCUUACCUAACUCUACACCAUUCAGAUAAUAAUCUGCCUUCCUGUUCUUACUCCCAAAGAGGAUAACCUCACACUUAUUCACAUUAAACGUUAUCUGCCCACUCACCCAGCCUAUCCAAGUCACCCUGAAUUCUCCUAACAUCCUCAUCACAUGUCACACUGCCACCCAGCUUAGUAUCAUCAGCAAACUUGCUGAUGUUAUUCUCAAUGCCUUCAUCUAAAUCGUUGAUGUUAUUACAUUAAUACUUGAGUAAUUUUGGCAACUGUUUAAGAUCUAUUGAAAUUUUUUUUACUAUCUUGCAAGAAUAGUGAUUAUAGUAAAAAUUAAUUUGUACUAAUAGUUUGUGAGGUUUCAAUUAUUUUAAUCUUGUUUUGUAACUCAAUUUAUAGAAUUCAACUAUGGGUUCACUUUAAACACUGAAGAAAGUCAGUUUUUACACUAACUUUUGUGCAGUUGCAGGCAACUGGUACCAUGCAGCUGUUUAUGGAGAGUUACACACAAUCUUCAAGAGUUGCUGCUGCUGCUGUAAGUAUUGAAGUUUCAGUGGUUUUAAUAUAAGCUGCAUUAUUAAAAAGCAGAAUGUGGAAAAAUUAGUUUACAUUUAUUUAAGUUGAAGUGAUACCCUGAAUAUAAUGUUUGUCUCAACUCAAUUAAAAUAAAGCUUUCAUGCAAUGUCAAAGUUUUUUUGUAUGUUUAAAUUGGCACAAUUCGCUAUAUGCACUGAAGAGUGCGCAUGGAGUUGGUCAUCCCAGUGAGUAUAGAAGAUGAUAAAAAUGCAAUAGGAGCAUGAAAAUCAAAACUUCAGGUCACCCAUUCACUGAGUUAUGUCAACAACAUUUAACGCACCAAACUAUUUAAACAUCAAAUCACUUGGUAUGCCCUUGUCCUUUGUCCCUGUGGCUGGUAAUUCUUAGUCUGCAAUGAACUUUGUCAUUUUUUAUCUGCUAUUGAACCUGUUGCAGAUACUUUUGUAAUCAUUUACUGUAUGUUUUUGGUAAGAACUGGGCUAGUUCAUUCUUCAAAAUGUGCUUUCAAAUUAAUCCUUAGAGAUGCUUUGCAACAAUGUACACUAGUUUUUUUUAAUUAAGUUUCUCUGUAUCUAAAAGGAAAAAAAGCUAUUUCUGAAAAUCUGAAGUAAAAUAUUAAGUUGUUUCUCAAAUCAGUGCCACUUCUCAACCCAGGUGAUCCUCACUUUGAAGUUUGGAUGUAAGAAAAGUACAAACAACUGCUUUCAGUUCUUAUCCAUAGGGGGAUAAAACUUGCUUUGGGGGACUAUUUAUGAAAAUGUUGCUGAUGUAAUCAGUUUUGUAUACUGUAGUUACUAGAUUGAAUAUGUUCUGUGAAAGAUGCACUGAACUUUUGUGAAGACACUGUACUACAGAUGUUUACUAUUUGGAGUUUUGAACUUUAAAACAUUCCACAUUUUUAAAAGUUCAGUAUUCUCGAGCAGCAGCAUGGACUCCUAAAUGCAGCAACUGUCAGCGUAAUUAUCAAGAGUAGUCAGCCUAUUGGACAGAAACUCAUUUAAACUUCACCUAUCUGAUGAUAAUUUUGCUCCCCAGUGCUUAACAGAAUUAUUAAAAAUCAAGAAUUAUUGCUAGAUGAGAUUUUGUGAACUUUAAGUCUGUAUAUUCUAUCCACAUUUUCUUUUUCAGGUGCAUUUACAGGAGUGUAGCUUUUUAUAAAAAUAUAUAUAUAUAAUUAAACAAAAUAAACUCUUCCUUGUUGAUGUUCA